CGUACUAGUCUAAAAACACGGAAGUUCCGAGCGAGAAGAAGAAAGCCUCUUAAUCCCAUAUUUACAUCUUCUUUGGGCUUUGUUUUGUUAUUUUUGCGGCUUUCUCGUCCUCCGCAUAAUGAUAAUCGUUUUGUCAAUGUUUUUGUAGCGAGUAGCCUACACUGUUAAGCAAGCUGUCCAUAGUAAACUAAAGAUGCCAGCUCGUAGCGUUGUGAACGGCGCUCCUGCCAGUAAAGUCAAGUACUCCAGAUUAGCCACUCAUGACGACGGGUACAUUGAUUUACAGUUCAAAAGAAGUCCACCCAAAGUCCCGUACAAAGCCAUAGCACUCGCCGCAGUCCUCUUCUUAAUCGGCUCUCUGUUAAUUGUCAUCGGUUCUCUUCUCCUGGCUGGAUAUUUUGGAGUGACCCACUCCGAAAGCACCAUUCCAGUCCUGGUCAUAGGAGUCCUGGUUUUUCUCCCUGGAAUUUACCACCUGCGAAUAGCUUAUUAUGCAUCCAAAGGAUACCCAGGAUACUCCUAUGAUGAUAUCCCAGACUUUGACGACUAAAUGCUUUGUUUCUUGAAGCUUAAGGAAGUCCUCAAAUUUCCGACAUGCAUCCCUCAGCGAAGGAUGUCAUUUUAGUACAGUGAUUGUCUUUUUUCCUUAACCUGAGUGUUCAUAUUAUUCCCUUGAUGAUAUGAAGCAAAUAUAGUCUAAUUAUAAUAGUUUUGUUUCUCAGUAAAUAAAUACAGCUGCAAUUUCU